CAUUUUCUCAGCUGUUAUUAUUCUACAGUCUCUCUCUCUCUCUCUUUCUCUCGCACAUCCGCACCCACCCACCCCUAUCACCUCUGAUUUUUCUCUAUCUCGUUCGAUUGGACGAAGAUCUAGAGCUUGUUCCUCUUCUGCAUCUUCAAAUCUCAGCUUUUUAAUUGCAUUUGGUCGACUUUCGUCUUGAAUUUGAGGAUUGUGCGGAUGCCGUUGAUUCGGAAGCGUCGACGAAUGCUGUUGUGAGCUUAGUUGUUUUUUAUAGGGCUUAUUGUUUCAGAGAUCUGGGGUUUGUUCGCGUGUUUCUCGAUUUGAUUUGAUUUUGUGGAUGAGAGAUUACGCGAUUUGGCUGUGAUGAGUGCGGAGAUUGUUGAGGAUGCGGUGUUUUUUGACACCGAAUUGUUGCAGCUUCAGGAAGUCUCGCCUUUGGCGCUCAAAUCGAAUCCUCGCCUUGCCGAGGAGCUGUUCAAACAGUGGCUUUCACUUCCUGACGCGGGGCGAGUGGUGAAAUCAUUGCUUAAUGAUGCGAAGGCAGGUGUUCAGCUGAAUGUCUCUGGGAAUUCUUCAAAUACAAAUUCUGCGGCAGGAAAUUCAUUGCCAUCCAUGUUUCCUGCUGGCAGUGCACCGCCGCUGUCACCAAGAAGUACAUCUGGGUCUCCACGAAUUAUGAAGCAGAGGCCGGGUCCUUCUUCUUUAGGUUCUCCUCUGAAAUUAGUCAGUGAGCCAGUAAGAGAGUUGAUACCUCAGUUUUACUUUCAAAAUGGACGUCCACCUCCAAAUGAACUAAGAGAACAAUGUUUGUUUAGAAUUGAUCGGUUUUUCUAUGGUCAUUUUGAGGGACUGCAAAUACAUGAAUUUAAAACAGUUACAAAGGAAAUUUGUAAGCUGCCAUCGUUUUUCUCCACUUCUCUUUUCAGAAAGAUAGAUGUUGAGUGCACUGGGCUUAUUACCAGGGAUGCUUUUGUUGAUUACUGGGUCAAAGGCAACAUGCUUACGUUGGAUAUAGCAACCCAAAUAUUUAAAAUGUUGAAGCAACCAGAUCUCAAAUACCUUACUCAGGAUGACUUCAAGCCUGUGCUUAAAGAACUUUUGGCAACUCAUCCAGGAUUGGAGUUCUUACAAAGCACACCUGAGUUUCAGGAAAGAUAUGCGGAAACUGUAAUAUACAGAAUAUUUUACUACGUGAAUAGAUCAGGGAAUGGUCAUCUUACUCUUAGGGAGCUGAAACGUGGAAACUUGAUUGCUGCAAUGCAGCAUGCAGAUGAGGAAGAGGACAUCAACAAGGUUUUGAGGUACUUCUCUUAUGAACAUUUUUAUGUGAUAUACUGCAAGUUCUGGGAGCUGGAUACAGAUCAUGAUUUCUUGAUUGACAAAGAGAACCUUAUCCGAUAUGGUAACCAUGCACUUACCUACAGGAUUGUUGAUAGAAUAUUUUCCCAGGUUGCAAGAAAAUUUACUAGUAAUGUUGAAGGCAAGAUGGGAUAUGAAGAUUUUGUUUACUUCAUACUGUCAGAGGAGGAUAAAUCAUCCGAGCCUAGUCUUGAGUAUUGGUUCAAAUGCAUAGAUCUGGAUGGAAAUGGAAUUUUGACAAGAAAUGAAAUGCAAUUUUUUUAUGAGGAGCAGUUGCAUCGAAUGGAAUGCAUGGCUCAAGAGCCUGUGCUCUUUGAAGAUAUUUUGUGUCAGAUAGUUGACAUGAUCGGACCAGAGGAUGAGAGCUACAUCACACUACGCGAUUUGAGAGGCAGCAAACUUUCAGGGAAUGUUUUCAACAUCCUUUUUAACCUUAAUAAAUUCAUGGCCUUUGAAACGCGGGAUCCGUUUCUUAUUCGCCAGGAGCGUGAGAAUCCUACCUUAACAGAGUGGGAUCGUUUUGCCCAUCGAGAAUAUAUUAGGCUUUCAAUGGAAGAGGAUGUUGAGGAUGCUUCCAAUGGAAGUGCUGAAGUUUGGGAUGAAUCACUUGAAGCUCCCUUUUGAGUUGAUAUAGUUCUUGUCUUCAACUACAGAUACAUGUGGAAGAUCCUCGGGCUCCUUUCUUCGGACCAACCAUCAGCCUGUAAAUUGCCGUUGCUUCUGGACAUCCCUUGAAUAUGUGUAGCACACGGUGCACCUCGAACCUCAUCAGAGAUAAAUCCUGAGCUUGGCCUUUUGUGUCGUGAACGUUUUUGAGUGCUCCCAAUGAGAUUGCUUUGCUCCAAGUUACGGUGGAACCCUUGGUUUAAGAAUACAAAAGACCUUCCUGAAGAGGAAUACGUGCAGACGUGCGAGGGUUGUUGAUUCACCUCCAGGUAACAGUUGAUCAGGAUGUCUGGUACUUUUUGUCUUUUAUUUGUAAGAUAAAAAUUGUCAGCUUUUUAUUCUUUUCUUCUCUUAAAUAUUUGUUCCCUUUUUUAUCACCUUCAUCUGAAUGGCAAUCUGUUGGCAGGCAUGUCUUUUUUCUCACCCCCCCUCCCUCUUUCUUAGGUUGUCUCAUGUUUGGCUAUUUUUCAUUUUUUGGCAGUCUGAUGUUUUGUUAUUUUUCCAUAUUCUGGAUUUAUUAUGCUGUGAAGGAAAAGCUAUAUUUUUUAUUCUUAA